GAGCUGCUUGAGACAGCUCUCAGCCUCCACUUAGAGCUCAGACCAGGACCCAGCCGCGACCAGGACCCAGCACAAACCAGGACUUGUUUCAAACACUCCAUAUCAAAGACCUCAUCACCAUGAAGACUCUACUCUUUCUGCUUCCGGUUCUGGCGCUCCUCUCGGUCCCGGUUUCUGCGGGUCCAGGUUGUGGACCAUGUGACCCGGAUCAGUGCGCCCCCCUCCCUACAGAGGGCUGCCAGGCGGGCUCUCUGAUGGACGCGUGCGGCUGCUGCUCCGUGUGCGCCGCGGCGGAUGGAGAGCUGUGCGGUGGCCGCCGCGCCGCAGCGCGCCGCUGCGGAUCCGGGCUGGAGUGCGUCAAGAGCGUCGAGGACAAGAAGAGAAAGCUGGGGGUCUGCGUCUGCAAGAGCAACUACGAGGUCUGCGGGACCGACGGGACCACAUACCGGAGCGGCUGCGACCUGAAGAGAGCCAGCCUGACAGUCGAGACCGAGGGCAAAGAACCCAUCACCAUCCAGAACAAGGGACGCUGCGCCACAGCUCCGGUCAUCGUCACUCCUCCAGGUGAGGUCUACAACGUGAGUGGCUCUCAGGUGUACCUGAGCUGUGAGGCAGUGGGCGUGCCCACACCUGUGCUCACCUGGAAAAAGGUCCUCACUGGGAGAAAGAGGAUGGAGCUUCUUCCUGGAGAUCGGGACAAUCUGGCGAUUCAGACGAGAGGAGGACCCGAAAAACACGAAGUGACCGGCUGGGUGCUCAUCUCCCCUCUGACCAAAGAAGAAGAAGGAUCGUACGAAUGUCACGCCGCCAACUCCAAAGGAGAAGCUUCAGCUGUCGGAUCCAUUCACCUGGUUGAGUCCAUCGAUGACAUCACUGUCAAGAAAGUGAUGAAGGACGAUGAGCUGUGACCAGCUGAUCAGAGAUCCACGGAGACGAUCAGCUGAUCAGAGAUCCAUGGACACGUUAUUUUUGUAGUCCUAUAUAGAAUUCGUAGUCUUAUUUUGAGUUUUUGUUUAAGUUUUAACCUUUUUGUUUUUAUCAAAUUAUUCACAUUUUAAUAUUUGUCUUUUAUUUUGUUAGUUUUCUGAGUCACUCAGGCUUUUACUUUGGAAAGAUCUGCAGUUUCCUUCCUUAAACACAUCGUGAUGCUUUCAGGUGCUCAUUAGUUGUUGGAGAACUCUAAAAAACCUCAGACAUUUGUAAUGAACUGAUGCACCUAAACGCAGCACGGUGUGUGUGGUUGGUGGUCUUUGUGUCCGCCCUGUGAUGGGCCAGUGACCUGUCCGGGUGUAACCCCGCCUCUCACUCAGUGACCGCUGUGAUUGGCUGAUCAGGAUGAGUCGUAUAGAUAAAAGAUUGAUGAAUAAACUGAUUAAUAUCAAAUUCUGUUUGUCCAAGCUCCGCUUUGUAGAGCUCAAAUUUAUCUUUGAGAGAAAUAAACGAUGAGAAAUGUUAAAUAAAUCAAAGAAGACGUGUUUGUAUCCAUGAAACUGAUCAAUGAUCCAUUUUACUGUCAUCAUCAUCACUGUACUGUUUUCAUAUAUCUUUGUUUACUUGUUCUGGUUUUUAAUAAACACAGUAUGAGUCA